CCAUUCUCAGUGUCCACCCCUGACCGUUGCUGGUCAUUCCUGACCAUUCCUGACCGUUCCUGGUCAUUCCUGACCAUUCCCACCCCACCCCUGACCACGCCGUGUCCCUCAGGAGUCUCGGAGACGCUCUGGGCCAUCGAGAUGUGGGAGCCGGCGGCGCAGGCGUUCCGGCUCAACAACCCCGGCACCACGGUGUUCACCGAGGACUGCAACGUCCUCCUCAAGCUGGUGAUGGCCGGCGAGAAGACCAACUCCUUGGGCCAGAAGCUGCCCCAGAAGGGCGACGUGGAGAUGCUCUGUGGUGGCCCCCCGUGCCAGGGCUUCAGCGGCAUGAACCGCUUCAACUCCCGCACCUACUCCAAGUUCAAGAACUCCCUGGUGGUCUCCUUCCUCAGUUACUGCGAUUAUUACCGGCCGCGCUUCUUCCUGCUGGAGAACGUCCGGAACUUCGUGUCCUUCAAGAGGUCCAUGGUGCUGAAGCUGACCCUGCGCUGCCUGGUGCGCAUGGGCUACCAGUGCACCUUCGGGGUGCUCCAGGUACCUUCUCCAGCACCACUUUUGGGGGGAAAAAACCCUUUUUUGGCGCCCCGAGAACGUCGGGGAGGUUCCCAAAGGAGAUGUCAGAUCCCGGUGGGUUCUCCAAAGUUCCUGGUGGGUUCUCCAAAGUUCUCAGUGGGUUCUCCUGAGUUCUCAGUGGGUUCUCCAAAGUUCCCAGUGGGUUCUCCAAAGUUCCUGAUGGGUUCUCCAGAGUUCCUGGUGGGUUCUCCAAAGUUCCUGAUGGGUUCUCCAAAGUUCUCAGUGGGUUCUCCAAAGUUCUCAGUGGUUCUCCAGAGUUCCCCAUGGGUUCUCCAAAGUUCCUGGUGGGUUCUCCAAAGUUUCCAGUGGGUUCUCCAAAGUUCUCAGUGGGUUCUCCAAAGUUCCUGAUGGGUUCUCCAGAGUUCCCCAUGGGUUCUCCAGAGUUCCCCAUGGGUUCUCCAAAGUUCCCCAUGGGUUCUCCAAAGUUCCUGGUGGGUUCUCCAAAGUUCCUGGUGGGUUCUCCAGAGUUCUCAGUGGGUUCUCCAGAGGAGGAUUGACCUCUUGGGUGUCUCUGGGGCUGUUCCCACCCCUGUCCUUCAGGAAUUGUCCCCUAAAAGUCCCUGCUGUCCCCUGUGGUGUCCCUGCUGUC